AAAGAAAAAGAAGGGAGAGGCAAAAAGAGAAUUAAGUAUGUUAUUUUGAUGCUGUUGUUUUUAGCAGUGCCUUCACAAUAACUCUUAGAAAUAACACAGCUUUCCUGGGCAGUUUCUUUGAUUUUCAUGACUGUUGGGCAAAGAGGUCAUCUCUCCCCUAAGUGGGUGCCAAAGGUUUCUUUGUAGUACAGACUGUGGCUAGACCCCUGGGUUUCUAACUCUCGUUCUUGGUGCCUUCUAGUCUAUUACGGAGUCUUCCUUAAGGAAUGAAGAGGAAAACCUUGCCAGAGCAACCUCACGGUAGGGACGUUACCAGCUCACCCUCAACACCCUCAACAGCUGCGCCGACCUGGCCAUGUUUGAGAGUUUCCACGUGUGAGGGACCCAACUAUGCUAAAAGCUCAACCCGAGAAGCAGCAGUUUUAGAUCUCCAGCUUGCUGCUGAACUUGGAAAGACGCUACUGGACCGGAACACUGAGCUGGAGGAUUCUCUUCAGCAGAUGUACACAACCAAUCAGGAGCAGUUACAGGAAAUUGAGUAUCUGACCAAGCAGGUGGAGCUUCUACGGCAAAUGAAUGAGCAGCAUGCAAAAGUUUACGAGCAGUUAGAUGUCACAGCAAGAGAACUGGAAGAAACCAACCAGAAGCUAGUUGCCGAGAGCAAGGCUUCACAGCAGAAAAUCCUGAGCCUGACAGAAACAAUUGAAUGCCUGCAAACCAACAUUGAUCACCUCCAGAGCCAAGUGGAGGAGCUAAAGUCCAACCAAGGAAGAGGGAGGCAGAAGGCAUGUGACCAGGAGAAACCAGCACCCAGCUUCUCUUGUCUGAAAGAGCUGUAUGACCUCCGCCAACACUUUGUAUAUGACCACGUGUUUGCUGAGAAGAUAACUUCCUUGCAUAGCCAACAAAGCCCUGAAGAAGAAGAAAAUGAGCACCUGAAAAAGUCAGUGACAAUGUUGCAGGCCCAGCUGAGUCUGGAGAGGAAGAAGCGAGUGAGCGUGGAGACAGAGUAUAAGGUGGUCCUGAAGGAGAACAGUGAACUGGAGCAGCAGCUGGGGGCCAUAGAUGCCUACCGAGCCCGGGCGCUGGAGUUGGAAGCAGAGGUAGCCGAGAUGAGGCAGAUGCUGCAGGCAGAGCAUCCUUUUGUGAAUGGUGUUGAGAAGCUGGUACCGGACUCUCUGCUUGUUCCUUUCAAGGAGCCCAGCCAGAGUCUGCUGGAGGAGAUGUUCCUGGCUGCUCCAGAAGCACAUAGAAAACCACUCAAGCGCAGCAGCAGUGAGACGGUGCUUAGCAGCUUGGCAGGGGGUGACAUCGUGAAGGGCCAUGAGGAGACUUGCAUCAGGAGAGCUAAGGCUGUGAAGCAGAGGGGCAUCUCCCUCCUGCAUGAAGUGGACACUCAGUAUAGUGCCCUGAAAGUGAAGUACGAAGAGCUGCUGAAGAAGUGCCAGCAGGAGCAGGACUCGCUGUCACACAAGGCUGUGCAGACCUCUAGGCUACUGACCAGGGACCUGACAGGACUGGUCACCCAGUCUGAGGCUGGAGCAAGUGGCUGGGAACCCACCCCCGUCACCCCAGAGCCCAUCAGUUCCCCCACCACUACACCUCCAGAAUACAAAGCACUGUUUAAGGAGAUAUUUAGUUGCAUCAAGAAAACAAAGCAGGAAAUAGAUGAACAGAGAACAAAAUACCCAUCUCUCUCCUCUUACUCUUAAUGAGAUCUCCAGUUGUAAUCUGCUUGUUUUCUCUCACCCUCUCCCAUUCGGGCACAUAAGCGCAGUCUCCAAAUCUUGAUGUUGCUAAUGAUAUUUGCCUCAUUGCUUUGCUUGUUUGGCAAAAGCAAGAAAAGAGGUUGCUGAUAGUGUUGAUUCUGGAAUCCUGGGAAAUCUCCUGUUAGACUGGUCUCUGGUUGGGGUGUUGAAAAAGCUGAUUUCCAGGAAAAAGCCCCAGAACCAGUGGAGGGAGGUCCAUCUGCUUGGAGUAGGCUGAAGUACCCUAUUGCUUUCAUAUUCAGCUCCUCAAACUACUUGGAACUCCAAGGGCUGCCUAACUAAAAUGCUUUUCGCAAACAUUGUCAUUCAGAAGAAUGUUGAGAAAGCAAGAAUCUAAUCUGAAAUAGAUGGCAUUAAGCUCCUUAAGUGCUCUGGGGUUUGUGGGCAUCUGCUACCAGUUGAGUGAUGACUGACAGAUAAUCCUAAUAUAUCCAAAUUCAAGUGAAUGCCAAUUGAAAUGGCAAGUUUUGGUUUGAUCAAAACCUGUUGGUAUAUGCCCAGCAUUCAGCUGUUUUACUAGGCAUGUAAUAUUAAUUCUGUUUGCAGAUGGAAACUAAAGGAGAAAUCUGUUGGAUGGGCUCUGCGCUGGCCACUUGGCAGCCACAAGCUGCUGCUCCUCAGUUCUUACCAUUCCUAGACUUGCAGAAAUUGCUGUCUACUUCCUUACACAGUAUUGAUGUUCCGACUGUGGAAGCACUUCCUCUCACUUGCACACUUUUAAUUUAAAAAUAUUUAAGAACCAUGGUUCUGAUUGUUUUAUGUAUUUUUCUAAAAGCUGAAUAAAGCUAUCUAUGAAUGUGAACAAA